AUGACAUCUAAGAACGGGCACGAUGUUUUUUUCCUCAUCAGCACUUGUAUUUGUGUGCAUGAUCGCACAGAUACAUAUAUACCAGUGGCGACGAAAAGCAUGGGUAGUGUAUUUUUACCUCAUUUGCAUACUGGUUGGCAUGUCGAUCAAGCAAUAGUGACGGAAACGGAACGGAUAGUCGUUAUAAGGUUUGGUCGUGACUGGGAUAAACAGUGCAUGAUAAUGGACGAACUACUAUAUUCAAUAGCGGAAAAAGUCAAGAAUUUUGCUGCUAUCUAUUUAUGUGACAUUGACGAAGUUCCGGACUUUAAUGAAAUGUAUGAGUUGCAGGAUCCACUCACAGUCAUGUUCUUUUAUCAGAAUAAGCAUAUGAUGUGCGAUUUUGGAACAGGCAAUAAUAAUAAGAUGAAUUUUUUGGUAGACGAUAAGCAAGAAAUGAUAGAUAUACUGGAGACUAUAUUCAGAGGUGCAAGAAAGAACAAGGGUUUAGUAAUUUCCCCCUACGAUUAUAACCACAAGCGGGUGUAA